AACAGAUCCCCGAUAAAUAGUUAUUAAUCAAAUAACAACAGAACUAGUUUACAUUAUAUUUAAAAAAUAAACAUAUUUAACAUUCACUCGUAAUAAAAUUCUCAUCAUUCCUGCUCGUUUUCUUAGUGAUCAAAAUAGUCUGAAUAACCAGAGUAUACAGCUGACAUCUUCGAACUUGCAGAUUGUAGAAAAUGAAACUGAUAAUUUCCUUUUCUUAAUGAGAAUUCAUUAACAAAAUGAUUAUCUCUGCCGAUUGAAUUUUUUCUUUUUUAAUUAAAACCAUAUUCGUACAUAAAACAAAGUAUAUGCAUUUAACUUCUGAUAUAUUUAUUGAAUUUGACUUCUGAUAUAUAAAAAUUCUUUUCCAGAUAAAAGUUUGUACGCUCGCAUAUAGAAUCGAUUAAAUUUCGAUUGAUUUCAAGUGACCAUCGGUAGAAACAUACAUACGACGAAGAAGCAAUUUGUUCUGGUCGCUUUGAUAGACAAAGAAUGGCGAAAAAACGGGGAUACUGUAUAGCAACUUUCGUGGCAAGAGCGAUAUUCAUUCCUUGCGAACCCACAGUCUGCAUUCGUUCAGCACGAUCGCGGUGUGCCUUCAGACGCGCUCACUUUCUUCGAGUUCCUCCGCAGAAUCUCUCUUCAAACGAUUGCGAAUAAGACAGUUAUUAUCUCUCAGAAUAUUAACUCUGCCUCUUUUCUCUCAUCAAAUUUGAAUCGUAUCUUUAAUGCAUCUGCUUCAGAUCGCAAAGAUUUAAUAAAAUUGUCGAGGAUGUAUUUCAAGUGCGUAUUACAAUGAAAACAAAAAUAACAAUAACAACGGUAAAAACAAGACAACAAUAACGAUAUGUAACGACGAAUCUGUAUUUAUUUCUAAUCGAUUGAAAGAAUCGUUAAACAAUUUCACGUACGACGGACAUGAAUUAUUUGCGCGGUGGAUUCGUAGCGAUUCUUCUUUUCCUCCUCGCGGUGGUCGAUUGCGCCAUGAUGAAAAUCAUUCGAGACGAUCAUUUAACAGCGUCUCAUAGGCAACCACGAUCAACAACUUCUGGGAGGAACAAAGUAACAUCCACGACGUCCAAUCGACAAACGGCUGUUUCUACGACUGUCUCUACGACGGGACGAAUUUUCAAUGGAAAACCCAGUAGAAGAGGAUCUUGGCCGUGGCAAGUCUCUCUGCAGCUACUACAUCCGAAAUUAGGUUUUAUCGGUCAUUGGUGCGGUGGAGUUCUCAUCGAUCCUAAAUGGGUCAUUACGGCGGCACAUUGUAUCCACAACGAUCUCUUUAAUCUUCCAAUCGGUGCCUUAUGGACGGUUGUAGUCGGAGAAUGGGAAUUAGAUUCCGGUAGUCGUGGAUCAGCCAGAUUACCCGUCGAACGAGUGAUACUUCAUGAGAGAUUUAAUAAUUAUGUUCACGAUAUCGCUCUAAUGAAACUCGCUAGACCAGCGCCUCUUUCCAAGGUAGUGAAGACGAUAUGUCUUCCGGACGCGGAGGAAAAACUCGCGGACAGCAAUUGCGUAGCAUCCGGUUGGGGUCGUUAUGGACCUUCGCCAUCUCUCUCGACUGCGCUCCUCGAGGCUUCGGUGCCAUUGUUAAAUCUCGAAGAGUGCUUGCACGCUUACGGAAAAUCCGUUCCUAUUCUUAAUGGCCAUUUAUGUGCUGGACACAUCGAUGGCUCUUCGGGAAGCUGUGUUGGAGAUUCUGGAGGUCCCUUACAAUGCCGUCGUUCAGACGGUGUCUGGCAAUUGGCCGGUGUUACUUCUUUUGGUUCUGGAUGUGCUAGACCAGGAUAUCCUGAUGUUUACACCAGGAUACAACACUAUUUGAAUUGGAUAAGAAACAUUAUCGACAAUGAUAGCGACAUAUAGAUUAUUAUUCAUCGUGAAUGGAUCAUAUGAAACAAGCUACAAUUCAUAGAUUAUACUCAAUUAUUGCAUGUUUGUAUAUAUGCAUGUAUAUAUGUAUGUGUCAUAUAUGCACAAAGUGAGUCACAUAAAUUAUUAAUAGUCAAUAUCUAUAAUGUCUACAAGCGGUAUUAAUAAUUUAUAUUUUUUACAAAUGAUUUUCAAAAUCUUUGAUAUAGUCUUUUUAAGAUUUUUCGAUUUUUACUAUCGCUAUUUAAUGAGACAAAACUGCGCCAUUCUGAAUUUUUGCUAAAUAUUUUUCUUUUUAAUUUUUCGUCAUAUUUAUAACGUAUGAUAAAGGAAACAUUUGUUAUUUGUAUAACUUAAAGAAGUAUAAAAUCCAGUGGGAAACUAAAAAAGGGCAACGAAAGUAUUCUCUUCUUAACUUCCGAAGAAAAGCUAUUUGCCGGCAAAUGGAAAAAUUCAUCCGUGUACUAUUGCGAUUGAUAUUCGUUUCCAUACUCGAGACAAGAAGAUCUGCAUUUAUAUAGGGUGUAUUACGAACUCCCGUUUUCAUAGGGACGUUGCGUAACAUCAACGUUAUAUGUGUAAUACAAUCAAAGUGGUUGCGCUUCUUCGAUGAAAUUAGAAAUAUCGAUUUAUAGCUAGGCAUACGCAGUAUAGUCCAAGUAUCUACGUACAUACAUAUUAUUACAUCGAAGUGAAUACAUUAAUUAACCUAAUACAAAACACUCAACGCAGGAAAGCCUACGUAAGAGCUUCUACCAAUAGAGCUACUCGAUGCAUCACCUGAAACAAGAAAUCGUAUUCAGUAUUAUUGUUUCAACUUGACAAUAAGUGUAAUUUAUUUUUAAGUAACUCUACUACAUUCUGUAUUCUAAUUAUUAUUAUUGUUGUAAUAUAUGUUACAUAUAGGCAUACAUGUAAAUAUAUUGUUUUAAAACAAGCAAAUGAAAAGCAAGACAUUAUUAUAAAAAUAAAAUAUGAUAUUGUAUAUACCUUUUGUUGAUAUAAUUAUAAGAAAAAGUUAAAAGCCUAUGGUUGAAGGGUGAAGUUUUAACCCUUUGAUACUAAGUUUGCAAGUUUAAUAAGGUAGUUAAAUUUUAAGUGUUAUCGAACAGUAAAUGCAUCAGGUGCACGUCAGCUAGCUAUUCAAUUAUUUGAUAAUAUAUUAAUCGCGUUGUGUUAUUUUAAGAAUAUUGAAAACGUAUAGAAUAACAUUAUAUUAUUUAAAUAAUCUUAUCAUGCUCUUUCUGUAUUAUUUCCAUAAGUUUCUUGAUUCAAGUACUUGAUUAAAAUAUGCGAUCACAAAAUGAAAUCGUUAAUCGAACGAAUAUUAUAAUAAUCAACAUAGUAAAUUAAUAUUAUAUACUAUUCCACGUGUUUUAGUCGUAUUUAUGCGAAACGUGUCACUUAUCACACGCACACAUACACCAAUUUACCAAUUACUACUAACUAAUUACAUUAUGUCUUGUUACGUUAUCGCACACCUGGUGUUGUCAGUAUUAGUUUCAUUUACAUAGGAAAAAUUUAUAGAAAUACGUUCGGACUAAUUAAACGUUAUAAUGAAAUUUUUUUACUACUUAGAGAUUCAGCACAUGUGUCAUAUUUUUAAUGUCUCAUAAUAUUGCACACU